AUGAUAGGCUACCGCAACAGUGGCGGGUCACAGAUCUCCAGACAGGGUAGCCAAGUCUCCAGCACCACUGGUCCACCCACCGCUAUCGACGAUAAAGCCGUUGGUCCUCGACGAGUGAAGCUUCGCCCGGGCUCGACGGUGACAGCUACCACGAGUGGGAGCGCUGAGGGGUCGGGGUACCGCACCCUGAACGACGUCCAAGAACAGGUCGCGCAAGAGAUAGCAGUUCGUUGCAUCAACAAGUCCGAGAUCGUCGACGGGGUUCGAAUUGGCGUGUAUGUGUCCGUCGACUCGAGAAACGAGGAGGAUUUCCUGCGUCGAAUUGCAGCGAAUAUCACCGAGCAGCUGAGGUUAUCCACCUCGUACCUCUUCGUGCUGGCGUCGUCUGUGACGAGCGCCGAGGUGAUCCCCGGAAGCCUCCUCGUCGUCGGUGCAACCGAUGACCUCGUGCAGCGGGGCAUGCUCCUCGUAUCAUCAAAGUUCGUCGGGCGGAUCGUUUCUUCCUUCCGGGAGGACCUCCAGGCAUGGUCAGCCGUCAUUCAAGAACUAGGCAACUCUUCCUACGACGACAAAGCCCUCUGGGACGUCGUGCGCAAGGCCGCGAGGAAACCUAUCGACCCGCUCCUCCCUCCCCCAGGCUCCAGAGGUAUCGACCAGAUUCUCGCCGAUGCACGCUCAAAGUUGCAGAGGAUAACAGCGAUCGAGGCUUGGCGCGAGCUGAAGGAGAACCAGGUCAGCGCGCCCACGUUCUUGGUCGACAUACGCCCCACGGAGCAGAGACAGAAACAUGGUGGGAUACACGGGUCGCUGGUUAUCGAGAGAAACGUGCUGGAGUGGAGGCUGGAUCCGCGAUGUGAUGCCCGUUUGGCUAUUGCGGAUAGAUACGACCUGCGGGUUAUCGUGUUUUGCCAAGAAGGGUAUACCUCCAGCUUGGCGGCUUACUCUCUCCAUAAACUGGGAUUACUCAAUGCUACGGAUAUCAUUGGCGGAUUUGAGGCGUGGAAAAUGGCCGGCCUUCCUAUCGACACAGAAGGAAGCCGCCCUGAACCCCGUUCGUUGGCUUCGCUUGCUGGUUCGGUCGUCUGAGUGGCCUCGUGACGCCUGAUUGGCUGUAUGUGGUUGGGAUGCGGGUAGAAGAGGCAUAUUGCUACGUCGCGAAAAAUGCAAAGACGGUUGUGUUUUCCGCCCUCUCCCUCCGCCCGUUCUGCGAUGACGAUAACUAAAGUAAAACUACAAAGCCAGGUCUGUUGGUACACAUGUACAUGCACGACUUCGUAAGAAAGGAAAUGAAGGAAUCCAAAUAUCCAUUCGCUAACCU